AAGAGGAUUGCGUUCAAAUGGAUGGGGGAAUACCUAACGCUCUGCAACAAGCUGUGUUCCCAAAGGAGAAAUUUCCGACGAGCUAAUCUGCAGCAAGGCCGAAAUUUUGAAGUUAUUUUGAAUCCUCACAAUACAAACACAAGCGACACAAGCACAUCCAUGGUUACAUCAGCAAUAUCUCCGCAUUUUCACAUAUUCACAUCUCCCAUAUCUAAAUCCUUAUCCAUACCUAGACUAAGAUCCAAACCUAGGUUUUUUGUUCAACUUUGUUCCACCCCACAAGCCUCCCUCUCAGACCCUUUUGUUCUCCAAAUUGCCGAAACCCUUGAAGAUUCUCUCUCCACCUCGCUUUCUUCUUCACCAAUACCUUCACCUCUCCAAAAGCUCAGAGACACCUCCUCACAAACCCUACUCUCAACAUCAUGGCCUUCUCGCAAAGAUGAGCCCUUCCGCUUCACAGAUACUUCCUUCAUCAAACACUCUGAGAUCCUCCCAAUUUUAUCUUCUCCACAAUUAUCACAAACCCAAGUGGGCAUCUCCACAGCCAUUGAUAUCCCCAAUCUUGUGAUCAUUGAUGGCCACAUUGUAAGCUCAUUCUCAAACUUGUCUGAAUUGCCUGAUGGCGUGUAUGUUGGAGGCUUAUCGAGCCUCUCUUCAGACAUUAUUAUGAAAAGGGUGAAUGAAUUCGUGACCAAUUUUGAAGGGGAUUUGUUUUGGUACCUUAAUGGGGUUGGCGCACAAGACUUGAUUGUAGUGUAUGUUCCAGCAGGGUGUCGAGUAGAAAACCCUUUGAAUUUGAGCUAUUAUUCGAUUGAAGGGGCUGAUAGGGAAUCAAAGAAGUUGCCCAUUUCAAACCCAAGGGUUCUUGUGAUUGUGGAGGAAGGAGGGGAGAUUGAUAUAAUAGAAGAGUACAUGGGUGGAGAGUGUGACAAGUGUUAUUGGGUGAAUUCGGUUACUGAGGUGGUGAUUGGAAAAGUGGCAAAGGUUCGGCAUUCUUACUUUCAGAGUCAGUCCCUGAGUGCUGCCCAUGUUAAGUGGACUUCAGUUCAGCAGGAGUCAUCUAGUACCUACAAACUCAUAGAAGUAAGCACAGGUGGGAAAUUGAGCAGACACAAUCUCCAUGUUCAGCAAGUGGGCCCAGACACAAUAACAGAGUUAUCAACUUUCCACUUGGCGGCUAGUGAUCAAACACAAGAUCUACAUAGCAGCUUAGUCUUGGACCAUCCACGGGGUUAUUCCCGACAACUUCACAAGUGCAUAGUGGCUAAUUCAGAAGGACAGGCUGUAUUUGAUGGGAAUGUAAAGGUCAACAGAUAUGCACAGCAGACUGAUGCAGGACAACUAACAAGGAGCCUUCUCCUUGAGCCUCGUGCAACCGUAAAUGUCAAGCCCAAUCUCCAAAUCAUUGCUGAUGAUGUCAAGUGCUCCCAUGGGGCUGCAAUAAGUGACCUAGAAGAAGACCAGCUCUUCUACUUCCGUGCACGUGGUGUUGAUUUAGAGACAGCUAGAAAGGCUCUGGUCUUCUCCUUCGGAGCUGAGGUUGUUGAACGUUUGCCUCAUAAUAUUAUGAGAAAGAAAGUGGAAUCUCAUAUAAAAGGACUGUUGGAACCCAAACUCAAAGGGCCCUCAAAGUGAGGGUGAUUGACAGAUUGUAAAUUUGUGUAGAAUGUGUUUUCUAUUGUUUUCACUAUUUAACAGAAUGAUAAUUGUUAUUGCCAUUAUAAUUAUUUUAAGUUCUGUGGUGGUUGGUAAUAAA